AUGAAGUCCCUCUCCAUCCCCACGCUGCUCACGGUCGGCUACCUAGCCACCGCCGCCUACUCGGCCGCGACCCCGAAGAGACCCCUCUCCAACGACGCCGACGACCACCCGAUCCCGCUCAUCGUCUGGCACGGUCUCGGCGACUCUUACGACGGCGAUGGCAUCAAACGCCUCGGCGAAGUAGCCGAGGAGCUCAACCCGGGCACCUUUGUCUACACAAUCAAGGUCGGCGCUGACCCCAACAGCGACCGCUCCGCCACCUUCUUCGGCAACGUGACGACCCAGCUCGAGGAGGUCUGCGCCGAGCUCGCCGCCCACCCGAUCCUCUCCACCGCGCCCGCCGUCGACGCCAUCGGCUUCAGCCAGGGCGGGCAGUUCCUGCGAGGCUACGUCGAGCGCUGCAACAACCCGCCCGUCCGCUCCCUCGUCACCUACGGCAGCCAGCACAACGGCAUCGUCGAGUUCCGCGCCUGCGGCGAUGGUGACUACCUCUGCAAGGGCGCCAUGGCCCUCUUGCGCUUCAACACCUGGUCCGGCUUCGUCCAGAACCGUCUGGUACCCGCGCAGUACUACCGCGACCCGCAACCCGACCAGUACGAAAAGUACCUCGAGUCGUCCAACUUCCUGGCCGACAUCAACAACGAGCGCGAGCUCAAGAAUGUCCGGUACGGCAAGAACCUCGCCAGCCUGGCCAACUUUGUCAUGGUCAUGUUUGAGGACGACACGACCGUCAUCCCCAAGGAGACGGCCUGGUUUGAGGAGGUCAACGGCACCGAGAGUCUGCCGCUGCGCGCCAGGGCCAUUUACAAGGAGGACUGGAUCGGCCUGAGGGAGCUGGACCGCAAGGGCGGUCUCCGCUUCCGCCAGAUCCCCGGCGAGCACAUGCAGAUCUCUGAUAAGACGCUCAACAAGACCAUUCAGGAGUUCUUUGGGCCGUUCAAGAAGACCUUCAAGGCUGAGAAGCAGGCCGAGGUUGUCUUCGAGGAGUUGUAA